AUAUCGAUACUGUUGUGGGUGUCUCACUGUAUGCGUGUGUAUAUCUGGCAUCGCAGCGAAAAAAAUAAAUAAUAAUAAACAAUUGCCACAAAAAUUGUUGUUCCUGGGAAUCACGUUUCAAAGUCUCGAGUUCCGAACCCACCGACGCAACCAUGACCGCCUACUACAGCCAUUACGCGGCGGACAACUACGACGACGAGUCGAUAGGCGACGAGCGCAGCGAAGAAGACACGGACGACGCCAGCGAGACGGAGUUCCGCAGCCCCAGCCGCUACGGCGGCACGAAUGGCACCUCCAACAGCAACAGCAUGGGCACCAACAGCGAACUGAAGGAGCAAAUGUACCAGCACAAGCUGCUCAACCUGCAGAAGCAGAUGGAGGAACUGGGCCAACUGGUGCACCCGGAGUACAUAAAGCGCGUGAAGAAGCUGGACAACCAGCUGAAAGAACGCCGACGGCUGAACGAGAUCUACAAGGAGUACAUGCGCGAGUGCGUCGAACGGGACUAUGUGCUGGAGAAGAUGGCCGCCCAGAAGGAGUACGACGAAAAGAUGAUGGACCUCAAAGACAACCUGAUCUCAGAUUUCGAGGACCGCAAGCGUCAGAUCGAAAACGAGCGUUACAGCCUCGAGCUGACUAACGAUUCCAUGGAGAUCAAGACGACGGUUACGCGCAAGCUGCGUCGUCGCCCCAAUGAGCCGCUUCCGGUGAUCGAGAAGCGCCGCAAACCGGCCACCGGACAGCUGCUCGUCUACCAGCUGGAUGACAAGGAGAUCGAGUCGGACCUGAAGAUCAUCCAGCGCGGAAGACCUAAUCCAGUUCCCCAGCAGAACGGUAGCGGCUCCUACGGCAGUGGCUCCCAGCAGCAACAAUCGAUGCACGUCCUGGCCGAACCGACUUCCAACAGCGGCCUGGUGGAGACCCGCAUCGAGGACAACAAGCUGCUGUACGAGCGAAGGUGGUUCUGCCGCGGCCAGCAGGUCUAUGUGGAGGGCAAGGAGAUGAGCAAGUUUGCGGCCACUAUUACCGCCAUUGGCAACGAGGUGGUUUGGGUGAAGCGCACCAACGAGACCAAGGUCAAGAUCAACAUGUCCCAUCUGGCCAAGGGCAAGAUCUCAAUAAAGCGCCGAUAGCUCCGACGCCGGGCCGGGCGCCUUCACAUCGCGCCCGCCCCGUUUCCUCGGCCAAGAGACGUAUUUUCAUAAAAUUAUUGGUACAGACGUAGCACUAGAUUAGGUGUACAUUUUUCUUAACGAGUAUUGCACAUUGUAAAUAAUGAAACAACAAUUAUUUUGUAUA